AUGUGUACCUUUGGUCUUAGAAUUGCCAAGGGACCCGACAUGGACAUGUUAAGCCGUAAAGCCUCCGGUCUCAUGUCUAAUGUUCCGGAAAUCAUGGAUUACGUCAAUCACCGUUGCACCAAAGACCACAAGCAUGGCAGACUUUUGGGUGGUGUAGCGAAAUUUGCUGCAACAUACACACCUCAGUUUGUACAAUCAGUUGUUUGCGGGAUCAAAGAGGCCCUGGGCUUCAAAGUGGAGUCCAAAGACAAGAAGGCCCCAGGCAGAAAGGUCGGCCGAGCUCUGGGAUCCAUCCUUCAUCAAUUUGCGACCUUAACCAGACUCGUUGAGGAGGAGGUGGAGGCGGAAACUGCGGGUGAAUCUGAGCGCCUAACGAUGGAGUCUGGUGGCGCACACUCCAUGGCCAGAUCCCCGCAGUCCACUUCAUCUUCCACGCUUCAAAGUUUGACCUCAUUGAAGAAACUCCAGGAUGCUGUCAAGAAACCUCAGGUCAAGAGUACGAACCACUAUCCAGCGAUGCAGCCGCACUCUCAUGAAGAUGAGUCACUGGACCCUUUUGAACAAGCCCUUGAACAAGAGAUCGAUCCACCGGAACCAGAAGAACGAUCUGCAGAAGAUGAAGUUCGUCAGCAACUAAGAAGUGUUGGCGAAAAUCCCAAGGUCCAAGAAGCAAUGACUCGCAUUGAGGACUUUCGAAAAACUGAUGAAGGCACGUUCUCGCUGGCACCUCAACUGAGGAGGGAAGUGCACAAAAUUCACCGAAACCUUGGACACCCUGGGCAUGAUGUGUUUGUACGAGCGCUUCGACAUGCAGGGGUCCGUCCAGACAUCCUGGAUUGGGCGAAACACCACUUCCAAUGCCCAGCUUGCAAAACACGUGAACGACCCAGCCCUCAGCGACCAGGUCAUCUGAUGAGAGCCUUGGAGUUUGGGCAGGUCGUCGGGGUAGAUCUCCUGUUCAUUGAAGUUCAAAACACACUACUGACGUUUGUGAACAUCCUGGAUUGGGGAACGAACUUUCAACAAGUAGCCCUUUGCCCUGGAAAAACAGCCGAAGAAGUUCAACAAGUAUUCAUGAACGAAUGGGUCAAGCACUAUGGCUCACCUGUGCUGCUGAUUGCCGACCGUGGUCCCGAAUUCACGGGCCGACGAUUUCAAGAAAUGGUCUCCGGCCUUGGAACGGCCAUUCAUUUCACGAGCAGUCAGUCGCCUUGGCAAAACAGCCGCACAGAGAAAGCCGGAGGAAUGUUCAAGGAGAAGUUCAAGGCAGUGAUGGCAGCGGCUUCGGCAACUCUUGAUGAAGUGCCGUUGGUGACUGCUGAAGUAGUUACAUGCCGAAACCAAUACAUGGACCGUUUUGGUUUCUCACCUAUGCAGAGGGUGUUUGGCAAGACAUUAAGAAUGCCGGCCAGCAUGCUGACCUCAGAUGUCUUGAACCAUGAGCUGGUUGAGGUAACUGCUUCUGAUCCCAUUCAACGUCAGUGGAAAAUCAGAGAAAUCGCUGCUCAAGAGUGGUUGCGACGACAAGACAAAGAGGCUAUACAACGAAGUCUCCGGGCGAGUGCUCGACAAUCAGAUCAGAAGGCAUUUCAACAAGGACAAUGGGUCUAUAUCUUCCGAAACACCCCAUCCUUUAAGGGUUGGGCAGGCCCUGGAGUGCUGCUGGCCGAAACACCGAGCCAGUCUGGCUGGUGGGUCUCAGUUCGUGGUCGUCUUUGGCAAGUCUCUCUUGAACAACUUCGUCAUGCCACACCUGAAGAACAAUUGGGAGCCGAGUUAGUGGUCGAAAUGUCUCAAGAGAUGCUGACCAAAUUGAAAUCUCCUGGACAGAUCGCCUACCAAGAUGUAUCGGCUGAGCAAAUUCCCAAUGAGGAGGAUUUCCAAGAAGAGACCCUGAUGAGAGUCUUCCGAAUGCAAGACCCUCAAGCUCCAGGAGGUCAGCCUGAACCUGACAAUGACGAAGAUGAAACUGCCACGAACCAGGAGGCAAGCACUCAAGUACCAGUUGAUGCCACACUAGAUGAGUCGCAACAAAUGAGCAGAAGACCAAGCAAAUUGUCAAGCGAUGCUGAACCUAGCCGCCGUGUGAGUUUUGUGGAGCCGCCAAAAGAAGAUAGUGAUGCAGCAUCUCCCAUGGAGACUGAGGUCAUGCCUCCCGAGAACCUGAGUUCCUCAGCCGCGGCAAGUGCUCCACCGCCAGGGGGGCCCGUUAGGAUCGAUGAAGGAAGGCAUGAACCUUUCCAUUUUGGCCCCAUGCACGAUAACCGGCGAGCUCAAGCAUUUCCACAUCCGUUUUCCAGAGCACCUCCGUUAUUGCCAUCACCCCCUGGAAACACACACUACGUUGAAGUUAAGAAUUUUGACAGGGAUGAUGAUCGUGAAAGUUUGGGAUCCCACGAUAAGGUCAUUGGAGUCACUUGGAAAUACGACCGUGAGCAGCGCAGAACAUUGCCACAGCAGUUGAGUGAAUGUAUCCAUGCAUUUACGGCCAAAGCUGCUGAAGCCAGCUAUAGCUAUAGAGAUCGCUGCAUGUUUGUCACCAAGUUGAAGUCGUCCUUUGGCCAGGUGGAAUUUUCCAAACUUUCUGAAGAAGACAAAAACCUUUUUCGAGCCUCUAGGAAAAAGGAAAUUGAUAGUUUGCUUGCCAACAAUGCUGUCAAGAUUUUGAGUGUGGAGGAAAGCCGUGAAUUUUUGAGAUUGACUCCGGACCAAAUCAUCGAGUCCAAGUUUGUAGAUCGUUUCAAGCCCAAAGAAGUUGACUUGAAAAUGCUGGAAGACUGCAAACAAACAGCCAUUGAACAAGGCCAACUCGAAGUCUUCAAGCUGGAAAUGGAUCAGAAGAAUCCAAAAAGUCGGCUCUGUGCAAUUGGCUGGCGCGAUCCUCAAAUCAUGGGAGUGGAAAGAUCAUCUCCCACUCCAUUAUCAACUUCCAUCCAUUGCUGCUUACAGUUGAGUGCCUCGAGAAAGUGGAAGACACGAGUCAAGGAUGUCAAAACCGCAUUCUUGCAAAGCCUACCCACUACAAGAUCCAAGCCGUUAGCCCUCAAACAACCCAAAGACGAGGGUCUGCCAGGACUCCAUCCUGAGCAGCUAGUCUUACUUCUAACUGAAAUCUACGGCUUGGUAUCAGGCCCAUCAUGGUGGCGACGAUCCCUUCUCAAAGUGGCCACGGAAAAGCUUGGCUAUUCAGUGAACACCUAUGACAAGUGUGUGUUGACGUUGCCUUCACUGGAUCCUAGCCCUGGAGCAACCACUGAAGGGUAUAUGGUCAUUGAAGUUGAUGAUAUCAUUGAGGCAGGAGGUUCACGACAUGAAGCAAAAAUGAAAACCAUGGAGUCGUUGCUUAAGUUCGGCAAAAUAGAGGAUCUCUAUGAAACGACGGGAGCGAGUUAUGCUGGACGUUUUCUGAACCAGCUCAAGGAUUUCAGCUUUGAAACGCACAUGGAAGAGUUUAUUUACACACGUUUGGAACCUGUGAAAAUGAACCGCCGAGUGCUGAAGAAAGAUGCUGACAAGGUUCUUUUGACAGAAAACGAGAAGACUCAACUUAGAGGACUUGCGGCAUCUCUCAAUUGGGUUUCAAGAGAAGGAAGGCCUGAUGCAUCAGCAAGUGCCUCUGUGAUUGCUUCCUCGUUUCCAGAUCCCAAAGUGUCUCACAUCAUGGCCGCCAAUGAGACUGUGAGACAUUAG